AUGGCAGCAGCGGAAUCCACGCCGUACCUGGAAGAGCUCCGCCGUCUUCUGAGAAUGGCCGAACACCCCAGCACCAUCGGCCUCAUUUCCUCUGAGAUUCGCAGUUUGGAAAUUGAUCAACCUCCGCCACCACGCCUCGGCAAAGAGGCCUCGCCUGCUGCCGAGGAGGCAAAUCAGGAAUACUAUGAAAACCGGCUUAAUUACAUUGCUACCCUCCAAAACCCAUAUCCCCAUGAAUCCUCUGUUUCAAAGACUAUAACCGAAUAUGUGAAUGAGUAUGAAGCCCUCCUCAUGGACCAACAAGGAGUGCAUCUUGAGAAUAUCACAGAAUCUUUGGCUGGAAUGGCCAUGAGACAGAGAUCCUCCGGCACGGGUUGUUUCUUCUAUGAUUUAUGUGGCAAUGGUGCUCGAGUACAAAUCUAUGCUAGUGCCAGAAAUUCGGAGAUGGUUAGAUCGGAAUUUCUUAUGUUCCACUCUAAUGUGAAGCGCGGUGACAUUGUUAAUGUGACUGGGUUUCCAGGCAAAACAAUGGUAGGCCAGAUCAGCAUCUUUGCGAGAUCAUUUGUAGUCUUAGCACCUUGUCUCCACAUGAUGCCUACUGUCAAUCCAAGAGGAACUGAAUGGAGUCCCGGACGUCCCAGGAAUCCUGAAACAUACAGUUUAAGGGACCAGGAAACUCGCUACCGUAAGCGUCACCUGGAUUUAAGGACAAACCCCGAUGUUGAGCAUAUAGUGAUUGAUACCAGGAGUGAGAUCACUUUCUAUAUUAGGCAGUUUCUUCGUAAUCGUCAGUUCCGUGAAGUUGACACUCCAAUAUUGCAUACGAUUGCUAGUGGAGCAACUGCUCGUCCUUUUAUGACACAUCACAAUGAACUUGACAUGCAGCUUUACAUGCGCAUUGCACCUGAACUCUAUCUCAAACAGCUUGUUGUUGGUGGAAUUGAGCGCGUUUUUGAGAUAGGCAAACAAUUUAGGAAUGAGGGUAUUGAUCUGACGCAUAAUCCUGAGUUCACUACCUGUGAAUUCUAUCAGGCUUAUGCAGACUAUAACCACAUGAUGGAACUCACUCAGGAAAUGUUUAGUGGGAUGGUUAAGGAACUUACAGGUGGAUAUAAAAUCAUGUAUCAUUCAAAUGGAUUUGAUAAGGAUCCAAUUCAAAUCGACUUCACUCCUCCUUUCAGACGGAUUGACAUGAUUGAGGAAUUAAAUAAGUUUGCAAAUCUCAAAAUAAAUCCGGAAGAUCUCUUCAGUGAGGAAGCUAACAAUGCGCUGAAGGCUGCGUGCAAUAAGUAUGGGAUCCAAUGUCCACCUCCUGAAACAACAGCUCGUUUGUUGGACAAGCUUGUUGGUCACUUUCUGGAAGAGCAAUGUGUGAAUCCAUCAUUCAUAAUCAACCAUCCGGAAAUAAUGAGUCCAUUAGCAAAGGGGCAUCGAUCAAGACCUGGCUUGACAGAACGCUUUGAAUUAUUCGUCAACAAGCAUGAGCUUUGUGAUGGAUACACUGAACUGAAUAAUCCUAUUGUCCAACGCCAACGAUUUGCUAAUCAACUCAAGGAUAGACAGUCCGGUGAUGAUGAAGCAAUGCCUUUGGAUGAAGGUUUCUGUAGAGCUCUUGAAUAUGGAAUGCCUCCAACUGGUGGUGUGGGAUUCGGCAUUGACCGCCUUUGUAUGCUUUUAACUGAUUCACUAAACAUCAAAGAAGUCAUCCCUUUCCCAACCAUGAAGCCACAGGAUCAGCAGAGGGCUGGAUCCAGCUAGAAGUACUAAUUCUCAUCACUUGCAAUCAUGGAUCUAGAAGCUGCUCGUCGCGCUAGAUGUGUUUUAUAGUGUGUGUAUG